AGGGAGAGACAGAGAGAGAGAAAGAGAGCGAGAGUCGUUCUGGCAGCCACCUGAGCCACUCGAUAAACUCCUGCUCCUAGCAACCCGCAUCCGCCAGUGAGUGAGGGGGCGAGAGGAAGGGACGGAGAGAGAGUGUCGCGUGAGCGAGUGAGAGGCAGACAGACACAGAGAGAGAGAGAGAGAGAGAGAGAGAGAGAGAGAGAUUGUGUGUGCAUGUAUGUGUGUCUGAGCUACAGGGCUCACACAUAAAGGCAGAGGGUACGUCUCUUCUUCAGACCCAGGCUGUUGUCACGGACAAGGGGGGGCGUCGCCGUAGAGACAGAGGCAGCGUCGGCAGCCCCAACACCCUGGAUCAGCCGUCACCGCAGCAACACAAGCUUCCUCGAGGACGGGAGUCCCACGGCUCUGCUCUUGAUCUUCUUCUUGUCCUUCUUCUUGUGCCUUGUCUCUUUCUUCCGCUUGCUGAUGGAUGGAAUUCUCCUGCCGGCUGGAAAGACAGAGAGGUAUGGGAGGGUGCAGAAAAGAUACAGUAACAGAGCAUGAGAGGAGAAAAGAGCAUGAGUGUAUGCGUGUGCAUGUGUGUGAGUGUCAGACAGAACGAGGUAGUCUGCAACAGUGCUGGCAGGAAGAGGGAGAGGGGUAAGGAGCUCAGUUAUUGCCUCAUUGGGAGAAAGAGACAGAAUUAGGCUUCAUUCUGGUUCACUGUCUCCACCUGAUCUUGCUGUGUUAGGACUCAUUCUUUCCAUCUGAGGCCAGGGCAAUGAAAUUUUCGUUUCCUCUUGUCUCUGUGCCUUUCACUGCCUGCCAUCCCAGUGCUGAAAAAGUUGGGUAGUUGCUUCAGAAAGAGAUAGAGAAAGAUAGCAAGUGAAGUGAGAUAGUGUAGGUAAAUGUAUGGCAAUGACAGAUAGGUAUAUAGACAGAAAGAGGAUGAACCGUUUUCCUUCGUGUCUCCUUAGGUGCCAUGUGACGAGUGAACAGUCCUCUCCUCUCAAUCACCCUCGGGGAGCAGAUAUGGGAUUUACCUUCUCUGGCCACUUCUGAAAAAAAAAAAAAAAAAAGAAAACAAUAUUUCACCCCAGGGAAACAAUUUCCAUAGGGACUGGAUGCCAUUCACUUUUAGAUGGAAUUGUAAAGAAUUUGGAAAUCCACAGUUCCGUCCAUCAUGAGGAGAGGCAUUAGAAGAGAUUUUGGAUAAAGGACAUGCUAAUGGUGCUCAGGGCUGGAGUGGGAUACACACAUCAUUUCCCAAAAAGUCUUUAUCAUUGUUGUCUUCAGAGGGAUUCCAAUAUUCCAUGUACCUGGUUGCACCCUUCAGCACUUUCUCGGAUUUAAGACAUUUUAAAUGACUCCUACAUCCGCCUCUCUAACGUCCUCUUCCUGCGGAGCUCUUGGACAUCCCACAGUGCUGUGCAGGAGGAGGCUUGUGCCCAGGCCCCACCAACUUUCCUGGCUCUGCGGGUGUUUUUAAGAUGUUGGAGCCCGCCUGCGUGGCCCGAGCCCGAGAUCGGAUCAGUGAUCGGAUCAGUAGCACUGCGGCUCCUGGUGGCCCCAGACAUGGGCCGCGGCUCGGCCUGCCCCCGUGCUCAGCCCUCCGCCCACCCACCCCUGCUCCGCCUGUGAAGGAUGUCCAAGAGUCGAGCUCCUGCCCAGGAACCCUCUGAGAUCCCCAGCCACAGAGAGCGCAUCCGCAGCCACAUGAAGAUGGUGAUCGAGCAGCUGGAAGGCAUUCUCAUAGAGCUCAAAGAUGUGGCCAAAGAGCUGCGGGAGGUGGUGGGUCAGAUCGACAAGCUCACAGCAGACUUCGACUUCGACCCAGAGCCAGACGAAUGGACAGUGGCAACGGCGAGCAGCACGUCGAGUAGUGAACGUGGCCUCACCGAGGCGUUCAGGCUCGACUUCCUCAGCCACGAUGUGCUUUCCGACGCCUGGGAUUUCUGCGGCUACCGCAAAACGGCUCGGGAAGAAGACGAGCUGCUGGAAGAGGAAGAGCCGGGCAGCUCGGCCUCGGCCACACCUACGCCCACCGUCAACACGUACUCGCAGAUGAACGGUGGUCUCCCAAUCCCCAACGGACCUCUGAUGGUCACUCCGGACUCUUCCAGCGAGGAGGCAUCGAGUUCCACGCACAGUCAGAAAACAUCACGCACCUCCGGGACAAGAGAACGAGUUCGCUUCAGCGACAAGGUCCUCUACCAUGCGCUUUGCUGCGACGAUGACGACGAAGACGAACCAGACGAGGAGGAAGGAGGAGAGGAUGAAGAUAAAGUGGACUGCGGGAUGCCAGACACGGACAGCGAGCCUAGCCCUUUGGCUUCUUCGCCUAUCCCUCCUCUGUCCUCCUCUAAAUGCUCAACCACCCUUCAUAAAUGGCGGGAAACCUCUUCGGCGGGACCGUCGCCAGUUAAGAUGGCCGUGCUCGGGCCACACACGCUGCCUAGAAAGGGUCCAUUAAAAGCAGGCAGCAGGAAAAAACUGCUGCGCAACAGCAGCACUCAGACAGUAUCAGACAAAAGCACGCAAACAGUAUUGCCAUACAUCCCAGCGAAACAGAAAAGCAAGGAACCCUAAGGAGACCUUCAACGGAAAAAUCAAAGCAAAACUGAAAGAAUAUUAGAGUGACUGUAUACUAUUUAAUAUCAAAUACCUAGAUACUAGAUUAAGACACAAAUUAAUAAAUGAAUUACUAAAUAAAUAAAUAAUAUAUGGGAAAACAAUCUGACAAUCUUUGAAGUCAUUCUACUGCUCAGGAAGGA